GAUUAAUCUCAUGAUCAAUACUAGAAAAAAAGUAUUUAUAUAUAUGCAUAAACCUGUCGUAAUUAAACCAUUCCUAUGUAUCGAUAACCUGAAAUCCGGACUUGAUAUUCAUGCUGAUUAUUUUCUGUUUCAUUUUAAUUAAAAAGUCAUUGCAAGUGUUAUUUAAGCGUGGAGUACCUUCCGAAUAGAGAAAUCGAUAUAGAAUCCAGCUGCAGAGACACAGAAAAAUUAUUUAUUGAAUUAUUGUUCAGCUAAGUUGUGUUGUUUUCGGACCUAGAAGUAUUUUACUUAUACUAGACAUUGCAUUUUGGAUCUUUUUAAGCAAGUAACUGUGUUAUUAAUAUGUCAGAGAAUUUUAACAAAAUGACAUGAAUCGAGACAACAUUUUAUCUGUUUUAUCUGAUGGAAUACACAAAGAAUUAACAACACUAAGUUAUGAAAGAAUAUAAUCAGCCACGUCUGGCCAGGAAUGGGAUGUGAUGGAAGUAAAGUUGCAGAUGUCAUAGAUACAAACCCAGAUGUGCCUCCUGAAGAAAACGAUUUCUCUGAAUUAGUUACAGACACAAUUAGAAGCACGUGGCCUUUGUUGUCAGACGAUAUAGAAAGAACUGGCAUUAAAGUGUUUCUCAGGAUAUUUUAUGAGGAACCAAAAAUAAGAAAUGUGUUCACGCGAUUUGGAGAAAUGGACGAGAUUGAGCUUCGCAGAUCUCCAAUUUUCAAGGAGCAUGCAUAUAGAUUUAUGAGAGUUGUUGACGAUUUAGUUGAUAGUAUGGAUCAGCCAAAAACACACAUUCAGCAAAAUUUGAUGAUGUUAGGUGCCAAACAUGCAACUUUUGAAGGAUUUAGAAUUGAAUAUUUUGAGGCUUAUUCAAAGUCAUUAAUUGACGUUUGGGAAUAUACCAUAGGAGAAGAAUUCAUACCGGAAGUUCGAGAAAGUUGGACUGAAUUUUUCGAUUAUCUUGUGAAGUAUAUGUGUCAAGGUUAUAAUGUUUUUAUCAACGAAACAGACGUGACUUGUAAUGGUGACGAUCAUUUCAGAUUCGAAUGAUGCUCACGUGAUCAAAUGUAUAAUAUUUAAACCAGUCACGUGACUUGUAAUCGUGACGAUCAUUUCAGAUUCAAAUGAUGUUAACGUGAUCAAAUGUAUAAUAUAAACCAGUCACGUGACUUGUAAUGGUGACGAUCAUUUCAGAUUCGAAUGAUGCUCACAUAAAUAUCAAAUGAAUAAUGUAUAAACCAGUCGUUAUUAUUUAUUAAAUUCUUUUCUAUUUCGUC